AAGGUGCCCGACUACCCCUACGGGCCGUUCCGGUGGUACAAGCAGCGCAACUCGGGGCUGUACGGGACGUCCAAGAUCCAGUUCGGCAACACGGUGUCGGAGCCGCACAUGAUCAAGUCGGCGACGUCGUGGCGGCCGAACCGGCACACGAAGCGCCUCUGGAGCCCCGCCCUCAACAUGUUCGUGCGCACCCGCCUGACCGCCCACGUGCUCAAGACCGUCGACAAGCUCGGCGGCAUCGACGAGUACCUCCUCGGCACCAAGCAGCGGCGUGUCCGGGAGCUGGGCCCCGCCGGCUGGAGGCUCAGGUGGAAGGUCAUGCAGAGCGCCCCCGUGCAGGAGAGGUGGGCCAGGGAGAGGGAGGCCCUGGGCUUGCCGCCCAAG